CCAAAAAAAGGAGUCAUAACCCAUACCAAAAUGCAGUCACUAAUCAUUGCCAGUGUCAUGGUGCUAAUGUUAGCCGUACAACAAGGUUCAGCAAUUAAGUGCUAUGUUUGUAACAGCCACAAAGAUGCCAAUUGUGCAUUGGACAUACCACCAGAUAAUCUACUAAAGGACUGUGAAGAACUCUAUUCAACAAGAGGACGUGGUCUUUCGACAUAUUGUCGUAAAAUAUCACAAAUUAUUGAAUUCUCUGUAAAUAACUUACCCCCCGAUAGCCGUGUCAUUCGUACCUGUGGUUUCCAAAAUCAAACCAGCUACCAAAGCUGUUAUACCCGUGCCGGUUUUGGCGGUCGUCAAGUUGUCUGCUCCUGCACUGAAGAUAAUUGCAACACAGCUGCUGGUCUCGGCGUGUCUUCUAUGGCCAUGGCCACAUCGCUGUUCUUCGCCUUGGCAUUUUUGCUGAAAAGAUUUGUUUAAUUUCAAUUUUUAUUUAG